AAACAUAUAUAAAUUCUGGCAAGAAAGCGUUCCCAAAUUCCGCAAUCCACAAUUCCACAUAACAACAGAAAGGACAGUAGCAGCGGCCGGCAACGAUGGAGGAGAAAGCAACCUCAGUUGGAGAAAUCGAGGAAGUGGAGUCAACACCCGAUGUUGGGACCCACAACGAGAGCGAAACCUCGAGGCACGUGCGUACGAAGGUGCCUGAGGUGGAGAUCCACUUGUUCCGUGAAGGGAAAGGACCCGUUACGGUGUUCAAAACGACGUUGGGAGGUUGGGAACAGGACCAGCUGGAGGUCCGUGACAUCCUCGAAAAAUACGGCCUCAAAACAAUCUUCGCGUUCAAUCCUGAGAACAGUGGUCGCGGUGUUCCGGUCCGGUUCAACCCAAGAAACGGAAGGUCCCUCUUGACUUAUGGGGAUGGUGCUGUUGUUUACCUUGAUGGAGAACCUAAGGAAGGAAAUAAUGCUCUUUCUGGUGUUUAA